ACUAUGCAAUCGAAGAGGAAGGAGAUGAAGAUGGAGUUGGUGUCAUGCGAAAGGAGGUUACAGAAGUUGAUAAAUAAGAGCACAUUUAAACACUGUACUAAUUAUAACGAAAAUCUGAACGCUGUCGCACUGGAGAACAAAAUUAUAAAAUUCAAUAAACCUAUAUAUAUUGGUAAAUAUACUUUUAAAUUGCACUUUUAUCAUUUAUUAAUACAUUUAUUAUUUACAGGAUUUGCUGUACUAGACAUUAGCAUAACUAAAAUGUACGAUUAUCAUUAUAAUAUCAUGCAUAAACAUUAUGGAGACAAAAUUAAAUUAAUGUACACUGACACAGAUUCGUUGGUAUACCAUAUAUAUACUGAGGACUUCUAUGUAGACUUGGCUGCUAAUUCUAAUCUACUGGACCGGAUGGACACUGCUAACCUACCCAGUGACCAUCCGUGUUAUGUGGCAACCAGAAAUAAGGAGCCAGGACUCUUUUCCGAUGAGGUGGAUGCUAAUAUUAUUACAGAGUUUGUUGCGUUGAGGGCCAAGUCAUACGCGUUUAAUGUAUAUGCUGGUCCAGAGGAUGAGGUGGUAAAUGACAGAGUAGGAGAAGAAAAGAUCAAGGCGAAGGGUAUCAGGUCUCAUGUGGUUAAAAACCACAUGACAUUGGAAGAUCAUAGGAAGUGUUUGUUUGGGGAAGAAGGAGUAGAGUUAUACAGAGAUAAUGUUUCAAUACGGUCAUUCAAUCACCAACUUGUAACGCUAAAAACAAAAAAGUUAACAUACAACAGCUACGAUGAUAAGAGGGUGGUGUUAGAGGACAAAAUACACACACUGGCCUAUGGACAUUAUAGUAUAAAAGAAGAUGACAUAUGGCCAGAACUUGAGGAAGAUGGAGGGGACUGGAACGAGGAAGAGAAAGAACUAAUGAGAGAGCUACUAUAUUGUAUAACCUGAUUUUAUAUAUUUUCUGUUAAUUAGUCUUAUUAUAUAUUAUAUCGUUUGUUAUAUAUUGUAAAUAAUAUGCACGUUUUAAUAGUUUUAAGUUAGAUUAGUAUAUUUCUUGUAAAUUGUCAUGCCAUUGUAUGUAUUUUUGUAAUUGCAAUACAUAAACUUGAAAUUAUUGUAAAUAAUAUGCAUGUUUUAAUAGUUUUAAGUUAG